CGCCCUCCGGCAGGGCUCGGUGCGUGCAAAGCCCCUCCGGCAGCCCCUUUUGGCCCCUCGGGCAGCCCCGCGUCGCGGCGCGCCCGUGGACGGAGCGGCAGCCCCGGACACCCAAGACUUAGUUAAUUGGGAGCAGCCGCUUCCCGCGGAGCCGGGCAGCCCCGGGAGGCCAGCUCCGACGCCGUCGACGCCGCGGAUGGUCCUCUGCGCCGCGCCGAUGGAGUCCCCCCUCGUCGACGUGGGCGCGCCCCUGCUCACGCCGGGCGGCAGCCGCAAGCAAAAAGCAAGGCGGCGGAAGAAGGGCGACCGCCGCCAGCAGCUCAGCCCCGGAACCGGUGAAGCCGCCGCGCCGCCCCCGAGCGACCCGGCGCCCAGCGAAGACGAGGGCCUCGAGAGCGACCUCGAGAGAAUUAUAGGGCACACCUUUGACAAGAGGCGGUUGCGGCGCGAGCUCGACACGGCGCACUUGGAUGGAGUGCGGGAGGCCCGCCUAUGCAUAAAGGAGGGCGACGACGCCGGCGCGCUGGGCGAGCUGCUGCCGUCAUUGCGGAGCCUGACGCUGGACGGCUCGCAUUUGAGUUCGCUGCGGGACCUCGGCACGCGCCUGCAAGAUUUGAAUAAACUGAGCAUAAAGAAGUGCGGGCUGACCGACCUCGACGGCUUGAACGCGUUCCCGUCGCUCCAAGAGCUCGACAUCUCCGACAAUAGUGAAUUGACGGACAUCUCGGAUUUAUUUCAUCACGACACUCUAUCUGUAUUGCGAGCGCGUCGCACGGCACUGCACGAGCUGACCUGUUUGGAAGUGCUGGGGACCUGUGCUGAGUUAAGGGAGGUCGAACUUACCGAUACACCACUAGCGACGGCCUUUGACACGAAGACCUUCGAGACGCUCGUAAGGCAUCACGCCGGUCAUAUUAGAAGAUUGAACGGAUCUCCAUUAGACGCGAAGCACGUGGAGUUGGAUGAUGACGCCCUCGAGGCGGCGGCCCAGGCUUUAGAACCUGUCCACGAAUCCAGCAAGGAUUCCGAUUGGGAGACGGUCCCCGGCACGCGCGGGAACCGACGGGUCAACUCGAACAACGUUGUUGUGGUGAUGCACUCUGAAAGUGACAGUGAACUCACAAAAACCGAGGAUAGAACUUUUGCUGGAGCGCCGCUAGCUAUCUUGCGGCGAGCGAAGAAAGUCGGCGAGGUCACUACAAGUGUCUGUUCGACGUUGGAUGUCGCACGAAAGCUCGAUGGGGAUCUGCGGGGCAGCGCCGAGUCUGACCAGCUGCUCGAGGAGUGGCGGCGCGACGCGGAGCUCCACAAGGACUCAUCCGACGAUGCGGUGCGGACGGCUGCCGUACAAAAGAAGAAGCGCCGGCCCAUACUGACGCCCGUUCCGGCGACGCCGCCCUCCCAACAGAAAAAGUCUCCUGUUCCAUCACCGAUGUUCUCGCGGCGCCAGGCCGAACAGCAACUGGGCUUCGCGCCGCGGCCGCAGACGCGGCGGGGCCCGCGCGGCCGUAAGGACUCGUGCAAGGCGCCGCAGCAGGCCUGGGCCGCGCGGACGGCGUCUCCCUCUUCUGAUUCUGAUGAAUGUCUAGAUCGGGCCGAGAUCAAGCGGCGAGCCCGGCGGACGCCUUGUAGUACGAAGAAGCGGCGGCCCUUCGCGUCGCCCGAGGAGCUCGUGCUCGUGGACACGCCUUCUUCCGAAACCGCGGCGUCGCCGGCGCGCGCUGAGCCCGCGGUAUCGCCCGCGCUAGGACCGCGGCCCUCGCCCGCGCUCGGACCGCGGAGGCGGCGCGACGACGCCGACGCCGCACCCGCGUCGCCCGCACUAGCGCCCGCCGCGGGCGCGGCGUCGGCCGCGGUGGCCGCGGCGGCCGCGGCGGCCGCGCCGGCGGACCCGCGCGAAGGCGCCGCGAACCGUUUGGCCGACGCCGACGUCGUCGCCCUGCUCGCGCAGCCGCCGAAGCACGUGCGCCACCUGCGCACGCGCGACGGCUUCCGGCGCUUCUUUACCGGCGUGCCGCGGGCACGGAUGGCGGCGCUGCUCACGCAAGCCUUCGCGGGCCAGCCGCCGGAGGAGGCCGCGGCGCGGCGCGAGAAGCGGCUCGCGCUGCUGGCGGACGUUCUCUCCUAAGUUUCCUGAUAUAU